AUGGGAAUAUUUUUUUUUAAAAAAAAAUAUAAAUACUAAUUUUGUUAUCAAAUAUUACUAUAUCAAGCUUUGAUUUUAUAAAACAUUUAACCAACUACCAUUAAACUUUUCAUUAUUCAAAAAAAAAUUUUAUUUUAAAUAUUUUUUUUAAUAAUUUUUAAAAAUAAUAAUAAUAAUAAUAUUAAUAACAAAAAUAAUAAAAAAAAGAAUAAAUCAAAAAGAUUUUAAUUAUAUACUUUCAUUAAAAAUCAUUAAUUAACUUAUAAUUUUUAAAAAAAAAAAAAAAUAUAAAAUGACAUUAAAAAGAAAAAUUACUGAAAUCGAAUCAGUUGAAUGUAUUGCCGAAAUACAAGAAAGAACCAAAAUAUAUUUAAGAGAAUCCAUUUCAAUUUGUCAACCAAUCUCAAUUAUCCCAUCACCAAUUUUUAAUACCGACUAUUUAUUAACAAACUCCAAAGGUAGCAGCAUUGCAUCAGUAACCCAAGAAAAUAGUGAAACCCCUUUAAUGGCCGAUGAAUGCAACAAUACAAACUAUAAGAUCACCCUCAACAUGGUAAAUAUUUUCGAGGAUACCAAACAAUUAUCAAAUGAAAAAAAGAAGAAAGCUCAAAACAAAAUGGUUAAUAAUAUAUUAAAAUCAAUUGAUAUCAAUGGAUGUGACUAUUACAAAUAUUGCUACAGUGCCGAUAGUAAUGCAAUUUUAAAACAACACGACGUUCCAGUUAAAAUCGACGAAAACCUCUACCAAGUAUACUUGAACUGCUUACAAAAGGAUAUGAUAUAUGAAUUUGUUCCAAACUCUAAAGAUUACAAAUCCCAACUCACUGUUUUAUAUAGAAGAGAACUCAUUAAAUAUUUACACUUGCUCUGCAACCAAUUAAGAAUCCACUCGAAAACCCUAGAGCUUGCCAUUGUUAUAUUUGAUAGAUACUAUGAUGUUUGCGAUUCAUUCAAAUUUGAAAAAAUUCAAUUAAUUGGUGCCACCUGCUUAUUCAUCGCUUGCAAAUACGACGGAGAAUUCACAUGUCCAACCAUCAACGAAUUAAACUUCUCUUUAAAUGGCCAAUUCCAAAAGAAAGAUUUUGUAAAUAUGGAACGUGAAAUAUUAAAGACCCUUGACUACCACAUUCCAAAUAUUACUGCUUGGGAUUUUGUUGAUAUCUUUUUAUUGGUUGCCCUCGAACCACACAAGGGAUCCGAAAAUUACAAAUCGAUCGAAUCACACUUUUAUAAUUUAAUCGAAAAUAUUUUGUUAAUUUCUCACUUUAGCUUUGAUGCUAGAAGAAUUUCCAAAUCUUCUUUAGCCUGUGCCGCCAUUGCCAUCGCUAGAACCUCUAUUGGUAUCAGACCUGUAUGGAAGAAAUCUUUAAUUCAAAUCUCAAACUACUCUUUAAAAGAUUUUUACUUUGAAUUUCAAUUAUUAACCAACCUAUACAGAGAAAACUACCAAUAUUUAUUAGAAAAGUUUUUACCAAAUCCAAAAAUAAUGUUAGAAAUAAUGAUAUCCGAUAUUGAUUAUUAA